CCUAACCUGAAAUGUUAACAGAUACAAACGAGUUUUGAAUUGAAAUAAAACAAGUUUUACAAACAAUUUUUCAUUAUAUCUGAUAUUUCAUCGACGCAUUAUCCCGUGACGUAAUAAUUACCACCGGACACGUUCCAAUCAAAUUAUAUUUAAUAAUUUCAAAUAAAAAAAUUAAUUACGCUCGCGAUACUCGAUAGAAUUGUAUUUUAUUGAUAUACUAAGGUUAAGUAACGCAGUAAUACAGGAAGGCAUGAUUUGCAAUGGCUUCGCUUACAAGCAGUGUUUUUAAAGAAAGAUUUCUUGAUGCUUUUGAAGAGAACGAAGUAUUGAACGUAACGUGUCAAGAGAUCGCCUCAGAAAUACAGUCAGGACAUGCAAAACUUCAUGCAGUUGUGGAGGAACUCAAACCUUUUGUAACUGAAAAAGAUGUUACAAUGCGAGAGAAGGGCAUUUCUGCCCUCUCUACCAUUUUAUCCCAUUUGUCUAAGGAUUUCUUGAAUGAAGCUGAAUUGCGUUUUAUAACGUCAUUUUAUUGUGACAAAUUGAGAGAUCAUUAUAGCAUCAUAUCAGCAGUAUUAAGAGGAAUUCUGGCAAUUGUUCAAAUGGAUCAUUUGCCUAAGAAUUCGCCUGAACAUUUGCUUAGGGGUCUUUUUGAAAAUGUUCAGUGCCAAUCCCAAUUAUUAUCUGAACGCAAGAAUAUAUAUUUUAUACUUGCAACAUUAGUAGAAAAAAGGACAGAAGAUUUAAAAGCUAUGGGGCCAGAUUUUAUUUAUGGAGUCAUUACUACUAUAGAUGGAGAAAGGGAUCCCAGAAAUCUUAUGUUAUUAUUUAGCAUACUUCCACAUUUUAUGAAACAAUUCUCAUUAGGCCAUUUAACUGAAGAAAUGUUUGAAGUCAUUGCAUGUUAUUUUCCAGUUGACUUCAAUCCUUCUGGAACAGAAGGAGUAACACGUGAUGAUUUGGCAGAAAAAUUGGCACCUUGCCUUUGUGCUAUACCAGAAUUUGCUGAAUUUUGUAUGCCACUUAUAAUUGAUAAAUUGUUCUCCAACCUCAGAGUUGCUAAGUUAGACUCUUUAAGUCUAUUGCACAGAGGUGUAAAGAUAUUUGGUGUGAAUGGCAUAAAAAACCAUUUGACCGAAUUAUGGUCUGUUUUAAGAAAAGAAAUUGUGCCAGGUGGAGAUUCAGAAUUAAAAAAUGCAAGUUUGAAAGCAGUUACGUCUGUAAUUGAUGUUAUAUCGAGCAAUAUUAAAGUUUGUGAAAAUUUCAUAGAUCAUAUAAUCACAGAUGUAAAUUCAUCUUUGUAUGAUGUGCAACUCAGUUUAUUUAAACCAUCUGUGGAAUUGCUAGAAUGCGUGGCAAUGGUCAAUAAAGAAUCAUGUAUACAAGUACUAAAAAUAAUAGUACCAUUAUGUGUUGGCCAAUAUUCUACUAAAACUUCAAUAACUGAUAAAAUAAUUUUAAUCAAAACAUUAAAUAAUUUUGUUAAAAUUGCCUCUGAUCAUGGAUUUACUAUUAAGGAUGUUCCAGAAUUGGCGUGGACAGAUAUACCAAACUUAUAUUUAAAUGAAUUAUCAACAAAAAAUAUGGAAUUACAAUCAAAAAUAUUACUUGGUUUAAAAAUACAAAAAGCGUAUUUAAACGAAGCACAUCGUAUUUUAUUUUAUGAUAAAAUUUGCGAUUUAAUUGGAAUAAAUUAUAAUGAAGUAAAGAUACUUUGUCAUUCAUCUCUUUUAAGUUUUGCUACAUUGUAUCCACACGAGAUAUCAACUUUGAUCAAAGAAAAAUUUCAAUUAAAUGCUGAUGAGAAGAAAACAGAAAUACAGACUUGUAAACUAGAAGUACUAGCAACUGUUGCUAAAACAUAUAAAUUAGGUAUUGAAGUUCUUCCACAAAUUGUAUUACAAACAAAUAUUACGAAUACUGACAUAAGCUUUACAGCUCUAACAUGUCUUCACAGGCUAGUUGCUACAGAAAAUAUUAAUUAUGAUGUCCAAUACUAUCUAUACAAUGAAUGCAAUAUUAUUGAAAAAUUGACUACCCUUAAUAUUAAUCCUACGGAUCAAAGAUUAGAUUUAGUUUUAAAUAUUUGUCGAUUAAUUGUACGAAGUCUUACACUUGAAGAGCAACAAAAUGUUGUCAACAAAUACUUUCCAAUUUUAAGUGACAAAAAUUCGGAAGUUGAUGCCGCUUUAAUAAUGAAUAUUUUUAUUCCCUUACGUCAAAAUGUUGAUUUAGCAAUAAAUACAAAUCUAUUACAAAAUCUAUACAAUUUAGCACUUAACAGUCAACAUUCAAAUAUAAGACUCAUAACAUGUAAAUUUAUUGCUGUAAUAUUAAACAAAAUUAAUGACAAUAAUGAAUGUUUCCAACGUGCUUUAUCUUAUUUUAAAGAAAUAAUAAAUAAUAAUUUAAAUUUAAAUACUAAUAUUAAAAUAAUGCAAGCAGCAGCUUCUCUACAAAUCUGGUUAACAAAAGCCAUAAUUACGAAAGGUUCCUCAGAUGUUGAAAUAUUUUUAAAUGAGCUUACCAAUGUUUUGAAACAUGACCAAAUAGGCCAACAUAUCGCACAAGAAUAUAAAAUUUUGACAAAUAGACACGAGGAUAGUUUGGUAGAAGAAAAUUUUUGUAACAUCAAAAUUUUUUAUAAACAAAGGGUAUUUGAACACUUAAUUAAAAAAAAUUCUGAAUUCAGAAACACAUCAAGGCAGAAUUAUUUAAGUGCAGUUGUACAGCUGUUAGAAGAAAUACCUUUGAAGCUCUUAUUUAUGUAUUUAACUAAGUUGGUCCCACUUUUAAUAGAAUCUUUAUCUCUUGAUAAUGAACAAAUAAUUCUUUUAACAUUAACAACAUUAAAUCUCUUAUUGGAGACUAAACACAGUAUUUUUUCUGAUAAAAUACAAAGUUUUGUACCAAGGUUGUUAAAGUUAUCUACCUAUAAAAUGAUGAGAAUCAGGAUAGCAGCUUUAGAAUGUCUAACAAAUUAUUGUAAUUAUCCGACGAUUGUUAUUAAUAUAUACAAACAAGAUGUAUUAGAGAAAUUAUUAAUUCCAAUUGAUGAUCGAAAACGUUUAGUCCGAAAAGCCGCAGUAAAUGCAAGAUCACGAUGGUUUUUAGUUGGUGCGCCAGGAACAAUGAAAGAACAAUGAUCUGAUUAUUGUUACAUUAAAUUUGUCACCAUAAAUUCAUAAAUGCGUUUAUUUUUAUCUAAUAAAGUUAUUUUGUAUAUUUUUAAAGUUAUAUACAUGAGUGUAAUUUGAUAUAUGCAUUUAUAUAAAACAAAUGAUUUCUCUUAGUGUACUACUUUUUCUUGUAAGAGCAAAGAAACUGAUUCAUCAUAUUGUAUUUGUCCUAUAUAUUGUAUAUAAUGUACAUAAUUGAAUAAAGAAUUGAUUUCUAUAAUA